CCCAGCCAGUCAUAGUCGAAUUCCAUUACUACCCUCAACACCCGCGCAUUCUUCCUUACUCCGUUCAACAUCAAAUACCCAUGGCACCAAGCGCUGUUUCAAGCUGGGUAACUUGAUGCCGUCCUCGUGUCCAGGAAAGAAGGUGCGCCUCGCAAGUCGGGUCAGACGGCGUAGCGCCGUUUGUCGAGAUCUCGACACUGAUCUACGGCGUAUAAGUCAAGUCGGAGCACGCUGUAUUGUCUGUUGUCUGGAUGCCGAAGAGCUCGAUUUUCUCGGGAUAUGCUGGUCAGAUUACGGGAGCUCUGCGCACCGGGCAGGUAUGGACAUCCUUCGAAUACCACUGCCGGAAGGCCUUGCUCCGCUAUCGCCCCAGUCAUUAGACGAGUCCCUGACAAAACUCAUCGACGAUUACACCAUGCGUGGUGCAAGUAUCCUCGUGCAUUGUCGUUGCUCUUGGGCACUGACUUGUGCGGGUGGAUCAAUGUGGAUCUAUCACCGAACCCAGCAGAAGGCGCCGAUGGCCUAGAGAACUAUGUGAGGAGGGAUAUUUUGCAACUCGUCGAGCGUGCGAUCACGGCCAUCGAGACGCUGGAACAGGUGCGGCUUUUGACCGAGUAUGUUGACUGUUUGCGAGAAGGGGUUGGGCGGCACGGACAGACCUGAUGAUUUAUGGUUGGUGUAUUCAUUAUCUUUGGGGUGCAAUUUCGAUUUGUGGCUAUGGCC